AUGGCCAAGAGGACUAACAUCACCCACCUCAAACGGGAUGAAUUUCAAGACGUCAAUCUCUCCGUCUCCCAAUGCGAUUCCAUUGAAGACGCCUUGAAGUAUCACACUCAAACAGAAAUGUUGGUUGGAGAUAAUCAGUACUUCUGUGACAAUUGUCAACACCGAGUGGAUGCCACAAAAACAACUAAAUUUACCGAUCUACCACCAAUUUUAACUCUCUCCCUCUCCCGAUUCUACUUUAAUCCCCAAACCAUGGAGGCGUGCAAGUUGGACAAGAUGUGCAGUUUUCCCAUCCUCCUCGAUAUGACCACCUAUUUGGCGAGCAAACAAGUAGGGCCAAUCACCUACGACCUCUUCUCCAUUGUCAUUCAUGCUGGAGCUGCUGCCUGUGGUGGUCACUACCACGCCUACAUCAAAGAUCCAUACGGCUUCACUGUGGAGAAGGGAGACGAUUACACCACACAAAAGGGUGAUUUAAACAAACUUUUAAUAAUGAUUCACUUUGUGCAGUUUCAUCCCUCUGACAUGAAGGAGGAGUCGAAUUUGGAGAUCAAGCCGGUACAGACCAACACCAAUCACUUAUUUACAUGCUAUCAAAGUGUAUCCAAAUCAAUCAGUAGUCCCGCAACAGUACAGCCACGAGCUCAAUCACAACAACGACCUUUUGAGACUUUGACUAGACGGAUGCAACAGAGAACCACUUCACCAUACCCCUCACUGGCUGUUGAUGUCCCCCACUCAACAGUACCAAAUUCACCUCGACGACUUCAUGGUGGCAUUUCGAAAGGACUGACAGGAGUGUCAAAUAAGUUAAGCAAUCAAACGCUUCCAGGUGUAAAGACUGUUCCUGUGCCUCUCAUUUCUCUUGAUAGCAUUGACAGAGCAAGAAGUAGGCGGAAGACACGGGUGGUCUCCACCUCAUCCUCAACGGGA